UGGUCAGAAGCACAUCAGAGCCCGAUGCUCCCAGAAGAGCCGUCCGGCACUGCUCUAAAUUAUGUCACUAAACUAUAAGUGACAACAAAUUCCCACUCUUUACAAGAAGGCGCCAGUGCCAGUGCUUUGGGGAUGCCCAGCUGCGGGGGCGCCCCGGGUGUUAUCGGUGGCCCCGGUCCCCGGGGUAGUGACGGUGCUCCUGGCCCCCCCGGGCCCCCAGGGAACGUUGGUCCACGAGGUCCCGAGGGCAUGCAGGGCCAGAAGGGGGAGAGAGGCCCCCCUGGACAGUCGGUGCCAGGGGCCCGCGGCGUGCCCGGCAUCCCUGGCGAGAGAGGAGAGCAGGGCAGUCCUGGCACCCAGGGGCUCCGUGGGGAGAAAGGGGAACCGGGCAUGACGGAGGAGGAGAUCCGCGCCUUCGUCAGGCAGGAGAUGAGCCAGCACUGUGCCUGCGGCGGCCACUUCCCACGGCGCCUGGAUUCACGUGAGCACUCAGGAGGCUGGGGGGCUCAGGCCAGGAGCAGCCUCCACUCUGUCCAGGGAGGAGGAAGAAGCGUGCGCCAGGAGAGGGAGCACAGCCAAACAGGGCUCUUCCCCACCCAGCCAUUCCCUGCUGGCAGCGUUCAUGCAGUCCCUGUGCUCAAGUUGUCACACACUGAGGAAGAGGAGGGGCAGGACAGGCGAGUCAUGCUUGACACUGAUGAUCUCGAGUACGAGAGCGUGUAUGGGGAGGAGGAGGACUACGAUGAGGUCCCCGAGACGGACAGCUCGGAGCAGCCUGCGAUGGGCGCUGAGCCCUGCAGCCUGCCGCUGGACGAGGGGGACUGCCAGCACUACACGCUGCGGUGGUACUACAACCAAAGAGUCACCGAAUGCCGGCCCUUCGUCUACAGCGGCUGCCGGGGCAACCUCAACCGCUUCGACAGCAAGGAGGAGUGUGAGCUGCACUGUGGGCAGCACCCAGGGGCAGACGCCCGUGGUGUUGCCAGCGGCAAGGUGGGAGGGCAGUCAAAGGCAUAAGUGCGGGCAGUGUCUUGGCAGGCAGGGCUGCCCAGCGGCAGGGCCCGGCCGCUGCCCCGGCCGGGGCUGGGCUGCCCGCAGUGGUGGGGUCCACAUGCCCACCAGCCCCCGGCAGGAACCUGGUGCUAUUUCUAACGUGUCUUUUUGCUGCUCACGGGUUUUUCCUUUCAUAUCAGUUUUAUUGCCCAUUAAGGUGAAACUUGUAUCAAAUGGGAAACCACGCACCCCCCCAAGACUUUUAACCCCCUUUCCCACUUGGAGGUUUCCUGGGCUGUUCCCAGUUUGAUUUUUAACUUAUUUGCUGCUGACAGGAUAGCGCUUGGCCCCAUGCCCCCUCUCCCCUGGCCCAGGAGUGGAGCUGGGACUUGGCAUGGUUGCGCUCCCCUCGCCUCAUCUAACACCCUCAUCCCCUUCCCUGCCCCUCCACAGACCCCCAAACCCCUUCCCAUUCCCCACUCUCUGCCAGGGAAGGCAGUCUGCAUCCCUGGGCCAGGAGCUGCCUCCUUGCAUGGCAUCCCUCACCACCUACCCUGCAACCAGCUCCAUCUGAAUAAAUUUCACCUUAACCACAACUGGGGCCCGGUUCCCCUUUUGCGGCUGUGAUGGUUUGGCAAAGACCUGUGGGGAUGCCGGAGGCUUUCUCCGUGUGCUACCCUCCAGAUCGCACGCCUGCCAGCAGCACAUCUGUUUUCAAUCUGGGGGGGGCUUGCCUGCACCCCCCAGCCCAUCAGGAAAACCCUGAGGAUGGUGCUAUGUUAGAGGAGGUUCCUGCUCGCCUAUGCUCGCUCUCAAAGGCUUCAUGAAAGCGAUGUUGGCUCCUGGGGAUCCACAGCCCCUGCCUCCCCCAAGCCCCAGCGCCAAGUGGGGAUGUGCCCCCCACUGCCUCAGGGCCCGGGGGCCUGUGGGCUGCUGGGCGGGCUUUGUGGCACCCAUACGUACCGCUGCUCUCUGUGUAUAUCUGUAUACAGCGAAUGUAUAUGCGUACCAAUGCGGGGGGGGGGUAUAUUAAAGCUGUGCUCAUGGGGAGAUGCCAUGCUUCU